AUGACCAAAAAACUCCUUUUCUCAAUCUCUCUAUCUUUGCUUUCUUAUCCUGGACAAGAUCUCGAUUGGAGAGAAAAUAGGGAGAUAGAAGGAGGAGGGGAUAGGAAGGGAGAAGAAGAGAAGGUGGGUUGUGAUGAGGAGAGGAUGGGGAGGGAGAGGAAGAUAGGAUGGGUGGUGGUGAGGAGAGGAUGGGAAGGGAAGGGAGGAGAGGGCAGAUCUACUCUUUUUUUUAUUUCUUUUAUUUAA